AAAGAGGGAGAGAGGAGGAGGCAGAGACUGGGAACUUAGAGUUGACUUCUUGAUUCCAUAGUGACCACAGCUGCCUGCUUAGGUCUGUGUGGUUGCCAUCCCCCACUCACCUGGCAAGUGACCUGAAAAUUGGUCACCAAGUAGGUACAUGGUAAGAAUACCUUCUCAUCACUGGCCUCACACAGUGGCAGCUGCCUAUAAUCCCAGUGCUUUGGGAGGCAGAGGCAAGAGGGUCACUUGAGCUUAGGAGUUUGAGACCAGCCUGGGCAACACAGUGAGACCGUGUCUCCAAAAGAUUUUUAAAUUAGCCAGGUAUGUUGGUGCAUGCCUAUAGCUCCAUCUAGUCGGGAGGCUAAGGUUGAGGGGUUGCUUGAGCCCAGGAGUCCGAGGCUGCAGUGGAGCGUGAUUAUACCACUGCAGCCUGGAUGACAGAGUGAGAUCCUGUUUCAAAAAAGAUAAUCUCUUCAUCACCUUGGGGAACUGGCCGGCACUAUCCUAGAGCCUCAGUGUCUUGCAGCUGGUGCUUCUUGCUUGCUGAGGAAAUGAAGGCCUAUCAUGGGACCAAGGGCUUGUGGCCAGCUGACCCCUGGUCCCAGCCUGAAAACUUCAGUGUUAACCAUGUUCCAGAUGGGGCAGUUCUAAGGCCAUAGAGGUUCUUGGGAGGCACAGCACACCUCUCACCUGCAUUUUGCUAAGGCAUGGUCCAUGUGGCAGGAACAUUUCCUUAGAAGUUAUUGGUGGCACAAACACCACCAUGGACUUUUCUAUCUCUGUGUUCAAUGUGCAGUCCACAGACUCCCUUGAUAUGAGUGGUAGUCUGUCCCUGUCCUCAGUUUACAGACAAGAAAUUGGUAUGGAGAUGAGUACCAGGCCCAAGGAGUCCCCCUGCCUCACCCUGACUGCUAAACGGAAAACUACCCUUUAACAAAGAAAGGAGCACACAUAGCCACGUUAUCAAAAAAAGUUUCAAGGUCUAAGGUCUUUUUUCCCCUCCUAGUUUAAAAGACAUACUUACUGGAAAACAUUUUAAUAGAAAACCCAUCACCAGAAAUGUAUACCUUUAGGGCUAUUGGAAGCAAGAAGCAGUGUAGUCAAGGCUGAACCUUCAUACAGACUUCUGAUGCAGCAAACUAACGUGGUGGCCUGCAGAUGCACCAGGGCAAUCAGAUGGAUCCGGAGAACUGGAAGGCAGCAAGGCUUUGCUGUUGCUUCCCCUGGCUCAUAAUGUGUGCUCUCCUGUUACUGGGUUUGGGGGCCAUCAGUGAGCCCUCUGGUAUCAUCUCAUCCCUCAGAGUCCCCUCACCCUUCUGAAUUCAUCUGAUCACUGGUAGCUCCAUUCUCCUACUGGUAUAUUUUCCAUCACUCCCUCUGUAUAGUCUGCCCUCAAGUCAGCUGCUGCUUCCCUUCUAGCCAUUCCAUGAUAUGCUCCAUUAACCUCUGAAGGACCGUGAUUAGGAAUUUAGGUUUUAGAAUCAGAACGACCCAUACUGAGUCUCAGCUUCCCUCAGCCUCUUGUUACCGGCUUUACAAACGGAAUUCUCACACUAGCUCUCAGCCAGGGUGGCUGUAACAACUAAAGGAGAGAAUAUGAAACACUUGGCGGGCACUGCCCUCCAUACACUUGGGCUCUAAUCAUAUUGCUCCACUGCUACAGAGCCUUGCUGGCUCCCACACACAGCAAGCACGUAGCUGGGCGAAGUCUGGCUGCUGAGCCAGGUUCCCAGUGGGAAACGAUGGCUGCUGACAUCCAAAGCACUUGGGGUCUGCUGUCCACCCAAGUGGCCAGCCUGGUGCCAUGGAGCACACGUUUAGCUCCAGGCAAGGAGACUGUGUGCUGUUUCCCUGCUGUUAUGUGCCACCAGCUCCUCACCCUUCCGAAUGUGUGUUGGCCACACCAGCAGCUGACAGACCAAUGUGUCAUUAGCCCCUCCCCAGAGUCCCCCAAUUAUCCCACUGCCUCAUGCCUAGUGGGGAGAAGGCAGAGGAGGGGAGAUUCCUUUUCCAGACAUUUUAGCAUUACCUAGUGGACAAGCACUGUAGUCAGUCCCCAGGUAUUGCUAAACACAGGGGUCACCAUGGAGACACUGGUCAGUGUCUCACAGUCCUGCUUCUCUUUCCUGGAGUGGCCACGACCUGUGUGGGACGGAGGGAGGUAAGGUGGCAAAGGGGAGCACACUAAGGACUCUGCUUCCAGCUGGAAAGACCAGCCUCCGGCAGGUCUGAACUGAGAGAGCGCGCUGCUAGCCUCCCUGCCUCCAGACCCGUUGCUGGAGGCAGGGCUAGGACAGGCCUGAGUUUGUGGCGGAUCCCCCCUGUCCAGCUCCCUAAGGACACACACUGCACGAGAGCGGCCUCGAGUCUUUUCCGCCUUCGAGGUCUCAGCAGCUUUUGUCCCGAAGCCCAGAGGACAGGGGUGACCCUGACUCAGGGGCCCUCUUCCGGGUUGGGGUCCGCGCGCGCCCUGCCUAGACCGCACCCCACAGGGGCUCCCGCCUGUCUCCCCGCCCCCGGCGUGGGCCCGCCCCCGCGCCUGUGUCACGGCGGGGCCGGGGGUGGAGAGCUGCCGGGCGGGACAUCCGGCCCAGGUCCCUCGCCGCGCCCGCCGCCCACCGCCCGCUUCGGCGCCGCAGCCUGGGAGCCAGCCACCUCUGCACACGCCGGGGCCGCCCCCUGCCCUCCCCUCCCGCACUCCCUCCUGGCUCAGACCCUCCCCCAGCCCAAGCCCGCCUCCCAGGCCGCCCUCAAAUCGGCCGGGCCCGCGCAGGCCCCCACCCCGGGAGCACCAUGUUCCCCCGCCCGCUGACCCCGCUGGCAGCCCCAAAUGGCGCCGAGCCCCUGGGCCGGGCGCUGAGGCGGGCCCCUCUGGGCAGGGCCCGGGCCGGGCUUGGGGGGCCGCCCCUGCUGCUGCCGUCCAUGCUGAUGUUCGCGGUGAUCGUGGCCUCCAGCGGGCUGCUGUUCGUGAUCGAGCGGGGCAUCCUGGCCGAGAUGAAGCCCCUGCCCCUGCACCCCCCCGGCCGCGAGGGCGCAGCCUGGCGCGGGACAGCCCCCAAGCCUGGGGGCCUGUCCCUCAGUGCUGGGGACUCGGACCUGCAAGUGCGGCAGGACGUCCGGAACAGGACCCUGAGGACGGUUUGCAGACAGCCGGGCAUGCCCCGGGACCCUUGGGACUUGCCGGUGGGGCAGCGGCGCACUCUGCUGCGCCACAUCCUCGUGAGUGACCGCUACCGCUUCCUCUACUGCUACGUGCCCAAGGUGGCCUGCUCUAACUGGAAGCGGGUGCUGAAGGUGCUGGCGGGCGUCCUGGACAACGUGGACGUCCGCCUCAAGAUGGACCACCGCAGUGACCUGGUGUUCCUGGCAGACCUGAGGCCUGAGGAGAUUCGCUACCGCCUGCAGCACUACUUCAAGUUCCUGUUUGUGCGGGACCCCUUGGAACGCCUCCUCUCUGCCUACCGCAACAAGUUUGGAGAGAUCCGAGAGUACCAGCAGCGCUAUGGGGCCGAGAUCGUGAGGCGAUACAGGGCUGGAGCAGGGCCCAGCCCUGCAGGCGACGAUGUUACAUUCCCCGAGUUCCUGAGAUACCUGGUGGACGAGGACCCUGAGCGCAUGAAUGAGCAUUGGAUGCCCGUGUACCACCUGUGCCAGCCUUGUGCUGUGCACUAUGACUUUGUGGGAUCCUAUGAGAGGCUGGAGGCUGAUGCCAACCAGGUGCUGGAGUGGGUGCGGGCACCACCCCACGUCCGAUUUCCAGCUCGCCAGGCCUGGUAUCGGCCAGCCAGCCCUGAAAGCCUGCAUUACCACUUGUGCAGUGCCCCCCGUGCCCUGCUGCAGGAUGUGCUGCCUAAGUAUAUCCUGGACUUCUCCCUUUUUGCCUACCCACUACCUAAUGUCACCAGGGAGGCGUGUCAGCAGUGACCAUGGGUGUGGGGCCAGCAGCUGGUGGGGACUGGAUUGAAUGCCAGCUUUCUGUGCUUCUGCCUGUCAUUCAGAGAAACCCUGGCUCUGGGGCUUGGGGCUUCUCAGGAUGCCUGGAUGGCAGAGACUGCCCUCAGAAGUUCCUUAUCCAGGGUGGGUACCCACAGUGGCUCAGAGGACAGGGCUAGGCAGGAGGCCUGCUGCUCCUCACUGGGGGGAUCUCUUGGUGGGUAGACACCAGUUUGCCAGUGAAGCAAGAUCUAAAGACUGGCUCCAGACCCCGGGCUGCCAGGAUUAUGCAGUCCACCCAGUCUACCUUAAUUUAACCUGUGGCCAAACUCAGAGAUGGUACCAGCCAGAAGCAAGCAGGACCAGAGCCAGGAACCCUGUGGCUCUGAUCCCCCAUUUAUCCACCCCAUGUGCCUCAGGACUGGAAUGAGCAAUCCGACCUUAGAAAUGACUUUUGUGCCUUUCUGCUCCAGACUCAAAAUGUCCUACACCUGCCAGUUCUUUCCAUUUUUCCAAGGAAAGGAAAACGGAAGCAGGGUCCUUGCCUGGUAGCUCCAGGACCCAGCUCUGCAGGCACCCAAAGACCCCCUGUGCCUAGCCUCUUCCUCGAGUUCUAGGAACCUCCUCCCUAAUCCUUCCUUCCCCACAACGCCUUUGAGGUUGUGACUGUGCCUGGUAUAUCUGGCUGCCAUUUUUCUGAUGCAUUUAUUUAAAAUUUAUAUGUGUUGUUAGAACCCUUGUAAGGGCUUUGUUUUCCUAAUAGCUGACUUUUUAAUAAAGCAGUUUUAUAUAUAA